AUGGCCAAUAUUUUGCAUUGUAACAAUAAAGUUGAUGCGAUACAUACCAUGAAAAGAGUAGUUUGCGGAUCGUCGCUGUCCAAUCAGGAUGCGCUACUAUACGAUAGGCAAAUUAGACUCUGGGGCAUAGAAGCUCAACAAAGAAUGAUGAGCGCACAAGUUUUAUUUCUGGGGAAGAAUGGAAUCCAAGAGGAGGCAAUGAAGAAUUUGGUCCUCUCUGGUGUAGGAGUGACACUGGCAAAUGACCUAUACGUGAACGAAGAAGAUGUGAAAUACAGCUUCCUUUUGCGCAAAUCGGAUAUAGGGACCAACCAUGCUAAGUCAUUGGUUUAUAGGUUACGUGAGAUGACUGCGGAGAAGCGUAGGAUAAAUUUCAUAACAGAUUCCGUGGUGAAAGAUGAAUACCUGAAUGGCGUACACUCGUACAAAAUUGACGAGUCAAUAAUUGAAGAAUUCGAAAUAGUAUCGUUCGCCGCCGAAAGUUAUACACUUCCGAAGAUGACUCACGUGAACGACGUAUGCCGGCAGAAAGGCGUAGCAGUAAUAGCAUCCAUGGAUAAUGGAAUGCAUGGUUUCUUGUUACAGGAUCUCAACACGCAUACAGUGUAUCCAUUAUUAUUAUUGCAUCAUCUAAGCGUUUUACAGCCAAGGUUCCCGAGAAAUUGCGACAUAUCGAUCAGGAAUGUCAUAGGUUAUCUAUUAAUGCAGCGAUUGUUCCCACAUAGACAAGAUAUCUCACUUGAAAGUCCGAGUUUUAUGAUCCAGUUAAGAGACAUAUGUGAUAGCGUCGGAGGAAGAGAAGCUGAUAUCAUGUGGGUUUGUUCACACAGCAUACAUGUUUCUGACCCAUGUUUUUUUCGCGUGUGUUACAUCUUAUGGACUAUUACCGUGGUAUACUCAAUACGCAGCUCGUUAUAUGAGAUGAGAGGGAAACGUCUGGCCAUCACAAGCGGCAUUUUGGGAGGCUAUUUGGCUCUGGAGAUAAGGAAAUUUAUCACCAAGCAACACGAAACCAUCCCGAGUUUGUGUGUAUUUGAUAUGGCUCGGUCCAUAGUUACGACGGCGAUGUUGUAA